AUGCCACCAGAGGCCGUAAAUUGGAUUGCGUCGGUUGUGGGUACGGUGGGAGGGGGCUUUACGUUAGGUAAGCUGGCCGUUUUUCAGAAGCGGCUUUUUACGAAGCAUAGGGAGCGUAGGGGUGACGCGGGAGAUGAAGAGUCUGGAGCCAACGGCAUCGAGCUUGAGGAGGUGGAUUUGGGGGAGGAUACUGAUGAGUGGGGGCUGCGGGUGAGACGGGAGAUGGGAGUUUGA